AUGGAGGAAAAUGGCCAGCUCGAUCAACUGCUCCACAUGAAAAAGACGACACACCCGACGACGAGAGAGCAGACCAGCCGAGACUUGGAGACUUUUCCUCCUCCGAUGUCAUCGUCGCGCGUCGCCGUGAUCGGCGCGGGGGCAGCCGGCCUGGUGGCGGCGCGCGAGCUGCGGCGCGAGGGCCACGCGCCUGUCGUCUUCGAGCGCGCAGCCGGCGUGGGCGGCACCUGGCGCUACGACGACGCGGCCUCGGCGGACCCGCUCGGUGCCGGUGGCGUCCACGGGAGCCUCUACGCGUCCCUCCGCACCAACCUGCCCCGCGAGUGCAUGGGCUUCCUCGACUUCCCCUUCGUCGCCGAUGAGGGCUCCGUUGACCCGCGCAGGCUGGUCCGGCUCCAGACGGAGGUGGUCGGCGUCCGCCGCAGCUGUGACGAAGCAGGCGCCGCGGGCUGGAGUGUGUCGUAUUGCUCGAGGAAGCUCGCCGGCGCCGGAAGCGACCUAGAGGGGGAGCAGUCGGAGGUGUUCGACGCCGUCGUCGUCUGCAACGGCCACUUCGCCGAGCCUCGCCUGGCGGACAUUGCCGGCAUAAGCGGCUGGCCCGGGAAGCAGAUGCACAGCCACAGCUACCGUGUGCCCGACCCGUUCCACGGCCAAGUCGUGGUGAUAAUUGGGUACAAUCCCAGCGGGAUGGACAUCUCGAGGGACAUCGGCGGCGUGGCCAAGGAGGUCCAUGUCGCCAUUCGAGCGGCGCCUGCCGAGAUGCAGAGCAGCACUGCCCAUGCCAACCUGUGGCUGCAUCCCAUGAUCGAUCGUGCCGAGGAGGACGGCAGCGUGGUGUUCCAGGAUGGCGGCCGGGUGAAGGCGGACGCCAUCGUGCACUGCACUGGGUACAAGUACAGCUUCCCGUUCCUCGGCCACGACUCGGCUAUCACGGUGGACGACAACCGUGUGGGCCCGCUGUACAAGCACGUGUUCCCGCCGCGGCUGGCCCCUAGCAUCUCCUUCGUCGGACUGCCAUUCAAGGGAAUCCUUUUCCCGGUGUUCCAGCUCCAGAGCAGCUGGGUGGCCGGUGUUCUGUCGGGGAAGAUCGAGCUCCCGUCGCCGGAGGAGAUGAUAGUGGACGUGGCGUCCUUCUACUCGGACAUGGAGGCCCGCGGACACCCCAAGAGGUUCACCCACAACCUCGGCGCAAGCACGUUCGAGUAUGAGGACUGGCUGGUUGAGCGGUGCGGGCUGGAUACCAUCGAGGAGUGGAGGAAGGCGAUCUACGUCGCGGCGAGAGGCAGGGUGAGGGACAGGCCUGAGAGCUACCGGGACGAGUGGGACGAGGACGCCCAACUGCUGGAGCAGGCGCACCGUGAUCUCGCCAAUCAUCUCUGAUCUCACCUCAUCAUAACGACGGCAGCUUGCGAUUUGGCUUUGGCUUACCGGCAAAUGGAAUUGUUUUUAAAAACUGGGAAAUGGAAUGGUUGAUGAUUGUGAGGACAAGGAAUAUGUAUUAUUUUACACUUCUUCUUCGGUACAACCCUCUGAACACAUCAACGGACAAGAUCUGUCAUCCCUCUGAACACAUCAAUGGACAAGAUCUCUUCAUACCCUUUCA